UAUCGUCGGAAGCUGAACGCGUUUCAGCCCAUACAGGACACUAUUAUUCUUGGAAUAUACAUAGUUAGUUGCCUAUAAUUUAAAAUCAAUUGUUGGACAGUGCAUCAACUUCAAUCGCUGUUACAAUAGCUUUGAUUUACACGUAGAGUUGACUAUAUUAUUCAAAUCGAAUAGUGAUUUGAGUAAUGUAUACCACAAACAGUAUUGUAUACCACAAACCCGUUAAUCAGCAGAACUGACGCGAAAUGAGUUCAUUAAUAAUUUAUGGAAUGAGGAUGUGGAAAACGGCGUAAAAAUUCAGAGCAGUGUUGGGUCAAAACAAAACGACUGGAUGUAGGAGAAAGGGGACUCUGGUCUAAUAAUUAUCUUACCAGUAAGUGGUAAAAUUGUAUAAAUUCUUAAUCAGAAGAGUUCCCGCACGGCACACGCGGCAAUAUACAUAUAUCAUAGUAGCUUCAUACGGAAACGUCACAUAUCGAUCUUGUGUCUACUGUACAGUAUAUCUACACGAGUGCUCUGUAUCGUCGUUGUAGUCCAUUUGAGUACACGUGCUAAGGAGAGGCUUAUUGUGUUUCUCUCUACUCGAUAUACACCUGUGUUUCUCUUACCUGUAUCUACGUGUAUUAUACGGAAUCGCAGGUAGAGGAGUAAACACUGGUCAACGAUACUCAUUUCUGUGUGUGUUUCUGGCAAUCGACAAGUUAAGAUUUGGAGGUGUAUAAGCUAUGCGUUGGAGAUGGCGUGGUGUCGGAUGAGGAGACCAAUCCGCAAACAGCUUCUAUACACUGGUAUUUUAUUGGUGACCACGAGCGUUGUCGUGCAGUUCCUUAACUACUCAAACGCCAGCGUCCAUGACAACCUUGUCGGGAUUAGUAAAGAGGUUUCCGUCGGGCUGGGCAUCACAAAGGACUGGAAAACAAAGCCGAGUACGGAGGACGAUGGUUGGAAAGCUCGGAUUUCCAAUUUUGAUAAGUUCCAGAUUAAUCCGUCCAUUCCUAUGCAGAUAAACCAGAGGGAAGCGUUGCUGUUCGGAAACUUCCGGAACUACACCAGUUACUUGACGAUCGGAAUCCCCACUGUACAGCGCGAGGGAGUCGAUUACCUGGAGGACACGAUUAACUCCCUUAUAAAGAACACACAAGUAAAGGAGCGGAAGGAGGUCAUCAUCCUGGUCUUCCUGGUUGACCAGGAACACGACAAGGUCACACAGAGGGCAAAGAAACUUUACGAGGCUUACAGAGAACACGUGGACUCGGGCUUUAUACAACUAGUGCACCCCGAUCACCAGUACUAUCCGGACUUCAGUAAACUACACCGAAAUUUCAACGACUCGGAAGCACGCGUGGCUUGGAGAAGCAAACAGAAUAUAGAUUAUGCGUACAUGUUUUUAUAUAGCAAAAAUUUGUCUCAGUACUAUAUGCAGAUAGAGGAUGACGUUCUUACAGCAAAAUCAUAUUUAAGUCAAGUGAAACGAUUCGUCAAGUCAAGACCAUCAAAGAUAAAGUGGUUCUGUAUACAGUUUUCCCACUUGGGCUUCAUUGGGAAGAUGUUCCGAGCUGAAGACUUACAGUCGAUCGCCGAAUUCCUUCUGAUGUUUUAUUCGGAACAGCCUGGUGAUUUGUUGAUAAACUAUAUGAAAAAAAUAAAAACGCAAUUCAAGGACAUUCUAAUGAAGCCAUCUUUGUUUCAACAUCGAGGAGUUAUCUCUUCCCUCAAAGACAAGAAACAAUUCCUGGUAGACAAAAGUUUCCGAGACAGGACGAGUACGGAUAGGAAAAAAUUUUAUCAGAAAAAUCCGCCCGCAGACAUCUUCAGUUCCAUAGAAGUGUACGAUAAUCUCAAACCCGAGUAUGCUUAUGAUCUGAGCAACAAGUAUUUCUGGGGACUGAGUCCAAGUUUAGGGGACUAUUACAGAAUAUCUUUUCAUAAACCAGUGAAUAUAAGUCGAAUUUACGUCGAUUCUGGUUAUCCGAAGAACCCUAAGGAUAUUUUAUGCAAUGCCGCUUUAAAAAUAUCCAGAGUGAGUGAUUCCAGUCAACUCACUCAGGAAGCUUGUGACAACAGAGAAAUGUUCGGGACGUUCAAUCGCACCGGAGACUUCGACACCAUAGCGCAAAAUAGCAGCAUGCCCAUAUAUAAUGUGGGAUGUAUUUCAAUAGAGUUAACAAAAGCUCAGAAAGAAUGGGUAAUCAUAAGAGAAAUUGCGAUAUUUACCGUGACAUGAUUUUACCGUGACGAUUGAUAUGUUUGCAUUAUGUUAUGUUGCCUUUGUAUUUGUUAUCCUGUUAUUUACCGUAGUACAACAGAGGUACAGAGCGUUUUAUAAGUGUAUAAUUAAAGACGUAGAAAAAUCGUUUAACGAUGUGUGUGCUACUUAAUAAGACAUGUAAUCAAAUAUGCCCUUCUGAUUGUGAUACCCCUUUGGAUUGUGAUAAGGUAUUUUAACAAAUCUGAAUCAGGCUAGUCAUUUAGAUUUGCUAAGUUAAUAUUCGUCAACACAUUUAACACUUAAUCUUGUUUAAAUGAUGAAAGUCAAUACAAAAUGUAAAAUUCAUGGAUAUAUAUAUACACUUUCUAUGUACAGUCUUUUGAUAAACCCACCAACCAAAACUGUUGUAAUAACCUAGCAAAAGCAAGAACACGUGUAUGUUUUCGUUCUGCAACUGUUCGGGUCUUUCCGUGAAAGUGUUUGAGUAAUCGGGAACCAAUCAUGACGUGAUGUCCAAUUCAAAUUAUGGCGGAGAGUCCCAAUUUGAUUCCGAUAAGCGUUCGCUGCCUGACGGAACUGGUAACCUUAGAAACACGAUCUAUUUUGUCCCCACCAAAAAUAUCUGUUCUGCAAAUUGGUAAAGUAUUUUGUUUAAAAUUUAUUUUGAACUUGAAGAGAACCCCAAAGAACGGUAAACUCAUAUUUUCUUAAAUGUUUUGAACGUAAGUUUUAGGAUUUAAGUGCAUCUUUUAAACAUGUAUGAUGGUAUGUUUCACAGUUCGAUUCAAAUAUUUUCAAUGUAAUUCAAUCCUUAUAUAAAUAUCAUCUGAAAAAUAAAACGACAGCUAUGAUUUUAAGAUUAUUAGAAAUAUACUUAAAGCAGUGAUUUUAUGUACGAAUGGUGUUUUUUUUUGUCGACCCUUAAAUUGUUAUUUAAUUCGUUUGCUUUGCUAUAUUAUAUCAAUUGGUGCGGAAACUUACCUCCUAUAAUGUCCAUCUUGAGAACAUAAGGUCAUCAUUAGGCGUGAAGUUGAAGACUAAGUUUUUCAUUGCGCGUUCGUCGAGAACACGUGUUAUUCUCCACGCCAUCAUCAUCAUCAUCAUCAUCAUCUGAUUUCCAGCUAUGGUACGUAUUUGAGUGUCUUUAACUGCCAAUGUCAUGUUCAAUCUGUGUCUUAAGGCUCUCUGUGCCACUGCCAAGACUGUAAAAAUGCAUUUGCAGCUAUUUUUGCCAGUAUGACUUCAGCUUGCUGUGAGGAACUCAGCUUUGAACAGGAAACAAUGCCAGUGGGCUUUUAUAAAAGAUAUUAUAGAUGAAUAAAAGCAAUAGCAGUGUUCUGAGUGUACAAAUACAAAGGGGCUAGACAAGGAUUUCAACACCAGUCCUUAUACCCCUACACCGUCGCUCUAACAAACUGAGCUACCUGGUCUAUGGAAGUACCCUUAUCCAUGCUUACAACAACUAAUCCCAUAGGAAAUAAGGGGAGGUUACUGUACAAUGUAUGUACGAAAACUUAAGCGGAACUCUCUAGUGUUUUGCUUUCUGUGGAACAGGGAUCCAUACAUGAGUUGUGACCGAAACCUUAUUUCUAGACAAAGGACAUCAUGAGCGAUUUUCCAUGCGAUGGAAAAAAACCCACUUAAACUCCCGGAGAUAUUAGUCCUUCUUAGGAUCCUUCAGGUGUUUGUUAAACCCGUUUAAGUGUGUAUAUGUGUGUGCGCAUCGGCUGGCAUUGAUUUUAUUUUAUGGUGUCUUUUUAUAUUAAUGUUUAGUACUGAUUUGGUCAUUGUGUAUCGUCAUGAUUGUUCAGUUUAAUUUUACGCCGAUAUCAACUUAUUGGAAUUAUUUGUUUAGGUAAUAUUUUAAACUACCAUCACAUUAUGUAGGUAUUUCAUCUCAAUAUUUUCUUAUGUAUAUUAAACCAAUAUGGCUAUGAAUCCGUGACACAGAUGAAGAUCCCUGUACCACUGCCACAAGCUGUAACUAAGUGGUAAAAAAUGUUCUCCAACAUGACUAUUCCGUCUUUGUAUAUUGCAGAGUUAUCUUCUCUUGAGAAAAGGUAUUGAUUGUUACGUCACUGGUUUA